AGCUGCCCUGCAGGGCAGCCAGAAGAGAUGGGCACAGAUUCCAGGCUGUACUAGUCCUGCCUUACCCCCCCCCCAGGCCAGGGAGUGCACUGGCCAGUUGCCUCCCUCCCAGCUUCUGCUCCCUCCCAGCUUCUGGGGUAGCUGAGGACCACCCUGCAGGCUUGCAGGAUGGAGGAUGCCAGUGAGGAGAAGCAAGCCUCAGUGUGCAACCUGGUGGCCGUGUUUGAGAACAACAGGACCCUGAGAACAACACCUGAACCCCAUAGCGUUGAUGAACAGCCUAAUAUCCCUGAUCACCAGCUGUCCCUGUCCCCAGGGCCUUGGGAAGCACCUCCUAUUGAGGAGGCCUUGAAGUCUGAGGUCCGUCCAGUCAGCAGGACAUAUCUGAACUCCCUCAAAAAUAAGCUCUCAAGUGGGGCAUGGAGGAAAACCUGCUCGCCUGAGCCCAGCCCAGGGCCAGAGACACAGGAUUACGAGGAAAAGAGGGUUGUGCAGGAACUUCUGGAGACAGAGAAGGCCUACGUGGCUCGCCUGCACCUGCUUGACCAGGUGUUCUUCCAGGAGCUUCUGAGGGAGGCAGGGCGCAGCAAGGCUUUCCCGGAGGACGUGGUGAGGCUCAUCUUCUCCAACAUCUCCUCCAUCUACUGCUUCCAUGCACAGUUCUUCCUCCCAGAACUGCAGCGGCGUGUGGAUGACUGGACAGCCACACCCCGCAUUGGGGAUGUGAUCCAGAAACUGGCCCCGUUCCUGAAGAUGUAUAGUGAGUAUGUGAAGAACUUUGAACGCGCAGCCGAGCUGCUGGCCACCUGGAUGGACAAGUCUCAGCCCUUCCAUGAGAUUGUCACCCGCAUCCAGCUCAGCGAGGCCUCGGGCAGCCUGACCCUGCAGCACCACAUGCUGGAGCCCGUGCAGAGAAUCCCGAGGUAUGAACUGCUGCUCAAGGAAUAUGUGCAGAAGCUGCCAGCCGAGGCCCCAGACCGUGUGGACGCCCAGAGAGCACUGGACACAAUCUUCUCAGCUGCACAGCACUCCAACGCAGCCAUUGCAGAGAUGGAGCGGCUGCAAGGCCUGUGGGAGGUAUACCAGCGCCUGGGCCUGGAGGAUGACAUUGUGGACCCCUCCAACACCCUGCUCCGAGAGGGCCCUGUCCUCAAGAUCUCUUUCCGCCGCAGUGACCCGAUGGAGCGCUACCUGUUUUUGUUCAACAACAUGCUGCUGUAUUGUGUGCCCCGCGUGCUCCAAGUGGGUGCCCAGUUCCAGGUGCGGACCCGCAUCGACGUGGCCGGCAUGAAGGUACGGGAGCUGACUGACGCUGAGUUCCCACACUCCUUCCUGGUGUCUGGAAAACAGCGCACAUUGGAGCUGCAGGCCCGGUCCAGAGAGGAAAUGAUCUCCUGGAUGCAGGCCUGCCAGGCAGCUAUUGACCAAGUUGAGAAGCGGAGUGAGACCUUCAAGGCUGCUGUCCAGGGACCUCAGGGGGACAUCCAGGAGCCCAAGCCACAGGCAGAGGAGCUGGGCCUCCGAGCCCCUCAGUGGGUUCGGGACAAGAUGGUGACCAUGUGCAUGCGCUGCCAAGAGCCCUUCAAUGCCCUGACGCGUCGGCGCCACCACUGCCGGGCUUGUGGCUACGUGGUGUGUGCCAAGUGCUCCGACUACCGCGCAGAGCUGAAGUAUGACGGCAACAGGCCCAACCGAGUCUGCCUGGCCUGCUUCACAUUUCUUACUGGAAACGUACUCCCUGACAGCAAGGAGGACAAGAGGCGGGGCGUCUUGGAGAAAGAAUCCUUGGCAGGGCCUGACCAGAGUCUGCUGUGCAGCUUCCUGCAGCUCCUGGGGGACAAGUGGAGCAGGAUCGGUCCCCGGGGCUGGUGUGUGAUCCCUCGGGAUGACCCCCUCGUGCUGUACAUCUAUGCAGCCCCCCAGGACAUGAAGGCUCACACCUCCAUCCCCCUGCUGGGCUAUCAGGUGAUUGCAGCACCCCAGGGGGAUCCUCGGGUUUUCCAGCUGCAACAGUCAGGCCAGACGUACACCUUCAAAGCAGAGUCUAAGGAGCUGCAGGGCCGCUGGGUGAGGGCUGUCAAGCGUGCGGCCAGUGGCUGGACCCCUGAGGAACCUGAGGAAGAGGACAUGUCUGACUGAACCACAGCUGGCUCAAGAACCUUGCCCAUGGCAGCCUUCCCUGGCUGACCCCGCCGCUCUGUCAUUCCACCCCAAGCUGAGUUACUCUGACCCAUUCUAUCAUCUAUGCUCAGAUGUUCAUCUUGACUCUGCAUCCGGUAGAUAUGGGUCCUUUCCUUCAGGAAAAUGUAACUAAGUGUCCCAGCUGGCUGGAGGCUAGGGCUCCCUGAGCCAUGAGAUCUUCAUUGCUGAAACAAAGAAGUGUGACCAGUGUUGUAGCUUAGUGGGUAGAGCACCUGCCUAGCCCAUAUGAAGCCCUGAGUGGGGUCCUGAGCAUGACACAAACUGGCCGUGGUGACUCGUGCCUGUAGAUAGAGGAAGAGGAGUACCAAAAGUUCAAGGUCACCCUUGCCUACAUAAUGAGUUACAGACCAGCCUGGGCUGCAUGCACGCAUGCACACACACACACACACACAAUCAACAUAAGCCAAUAAGCCAGUGGUGAACUGGACAGUGGUGUCACAUACCUUUAAUGGGAACACUGGGGAGACAGUGGCAGGUGGAACUCUGCAUUCAAGGCCAGGCUGAUCUACAGAGUGAGUUCUGGGACAGUCAAGGCUAUACAGAGAAACCCUGUCUCAGAAAAACAAACAAACAAAAAAAUCAAAAUAAAAUAUGUGAAGUCCCAGGUACCCAGGACUGUUGGUGCCCUAGUGAGGGUCUCAGCCCAGGCUGUGAAUUAACCACCUAGGAAGCCUUGAAAAAAGCUGUGAAAAACAGAUACCAACUAACUUUGAAAUUAAACCUUGUCCAUGUCUACUAGGAA